AUGUCCCAAGGUACAAUUUUCUCGCAGCUGAAAAUACGAAAGAAGCGCCAAGAAGUGGCCUUCUUUGAAUCCAACGCCGACGCCAAUGAUGUCGAGGCGGGCGAACAUUUUAUAACAGAGCUCGAUAAGGGCGAUAAGCGGCUCGGCCUGUUUUCUUCGAUCGGCUUGAUAUGCAAUAGAAUGCUCGGGACAGGUAUCUUUGUCGUUCCCGCGAAGAUCUUCCAGUUGACUGGCUCAGUAUACUUUGCGCUAGGGUUAUGGGUACUAGGAGCUUUAAUUGCUCUAGCAGGUCUUUAUGUUUACAUGGAAUUUGGAACUGCAAUACCGCGGAACGGUGGCGAGAAGAACUACCUUGAGUUCAUCUUCAAGAAACCGAAAUUCUUCAUUACGUCAAUGUACUCAGCAUAUGUCAUCUUUUUAGGCUGGGCCGCAGGUAACUCUGUGAUGGCAGCUGCAAUGUUCCUUGAUGCUGGAAAGGUCGAGGCAACACGUUGGCGUGAACGCGGUCUUGGAGUUGCGGUCAUUUUCUUCUGCUUCCUUGUCAACUCUCUCAGUGUCAAAGCUGGGUUGUACUUCCAGAACAUUUUGGGUGUGUUCAAGAUUGGAACUAUCAUUUUCAUUGCUAUUACAGGUCUCGUUGCUCUUGGAGGUCAUAUCGACGGCGCUCCCGGCACGGAGAACUUCCGUCACAGUCCGUCAGACCUAUCCCCCUCUGCAUACACCAUCGUCAAUGCAUUAUAUCAAGUUAUUUGGUCGUUUGUUGGGUACUCUAAUGUGAACUACGCUCUUGGGGAGGUGAAGAAUCCAGUCAGAACGCUAAAGAUUGCAGGUCCUAGUUCAUUGGCUGUGCUUGGUACGCUAUACCUCCUCGUCAACGUUGCAUUUUUCGCAGUCGUACCUAUGGAAAUACUAAAGGACGCGGGUAUGAACUUAACGCCUAAGUUCUUCGACAUUGCAUUUGGCGACAAGGCUAGAAGGGCGUCCGCCAUCUUUAUUGGACUGAGUGCAUUGGGAAACGUGUGCUCAGUGAUCUUCUCGCAGGGUAGAAUUGUCCAGCAAUUAGGAAGAGAAGGUGUGUUGCCUUUCACCAGCUUCUUCGCGUCCUCAAAGCCAUUCAAUUCGCCAAUGGCUGGCCUUUUCCAGCACAUGAUUAUCUGUGCCAUCACGAUACUUGCUCCUCCUCCAGGAGAUGCAUACGACUUUGUUUUGAACUUGAUUUCCUAUCCAAUGAAUAUCAUCAACUUUAUCCUCGCAUGCGGUUUGAUCUGGAUCUACUGGCAGCGGCGCCAGAGCAAGCUCGAGUGGAAUCCUCCGAUCAGAGCUGGCUACUUUGUCACUUCAUUCUUCCUGAUUGCGAACUUGUAUUUGAUCGUGGCGCCUUACGUGCCACCGCCAAGCGGGUCCUCCGUCUACAAGUCGCUUCCCUACUACAUUCACUGUGUCGUUACGUGGGCUAUUUUUGCAGUUGGCAGCAUCUACUGGCUAAUAUGGUCGCGCUUGCUACCUAAGUGGAACAACUACGAACUAGUCCACUCCGAAGUGCUAGGCGAAGACGGCUUCUGGAGAAAUAAGAUAGUCAAGAAAUACGCUGGGGAAGACAGCGUUAGCACCCCUGAUGGGGGAAGUGACUCCACCCUGAAGGAGGGUUUCUCGGGGAUUGGUGUCAAGCAAAGUAUUGUACAAUGA